GGGUGGAGACAAACUGUAGUGCGCGUGAUAGUGUCGGCUCACAUGCCAUUGGUGAUCAUAAAGAUGUCAUCAGUGUGAGCGCGGGGAUGCCAUAUCACAUUCCGUGUGUCCGUCGACGACUCUGUUUCUGCGAAAACCUGGAGCUGGCAUGGCGUGCUAGCGAAGCACGGUAGCUAUGGACAAUACUGGAUCUACGCGCAACAAAACAGGGCAACAGCGAUCGUGCGCCGCAACGCGUAGGGAGCAGCAUAUCUCCGACCGGCACCUGCAUUCAUAAAUCGCGCAGUACAGCAGAGCACAGCGCAGCGAUGGAGGAGCCAGCGAGCGAAGAUAAGAUUAUUCUGACCCCGAUUAAGAAGGGUCAGAAGUCAACGACACUAGUGAUGGAGCGCACUAAGAAGCUAGCUGAUACCAGCAAGGUGCUGCAUGUUGGUGGGGGCGCCCACCACGGCAUCGUCAUCAACAGAGAUGUCACAAAAGACUCGGGUUCUGUGGAGGUUGCACCUCACGACCUUCAGCUGCAGUUCAAGGUGUUUCUCCAGGACACGGCCAAGCAUGAGACCCUCCUCACGCAGGAACAGCGCAUCCUCAGGUUCUGGUACGUGCCGGACAUGUCAGAGGCUGAACAGAUGAUCGACACUCAUGAGUUCUUCAAGGAAUUGAUUCGGCCAGACGAGUUCCCCAAAGAUUACGUCGGCUUCAUUAAGAAGAUCAUGAAGAUGAUGCAGCAGCGAUACGUCAAGAUUAGGAAGAUUGAGUGUGAAAUGACACAGCUGGAGGAUCUGGUGGAACCGCCACCCAACUCUCCCAUCGAUGGCUUAGACCAGGUGGAGACGAUGGUGUUCACACGUGCGCCACCAGAGGGCACUCCUCCACCUGAGCCAAUCUCCGACCCAGCAGAAGACGGCACAGGUGGUACAGCUAGUGGAAACGACUUAAAAGUGAUUGGUGAGGUUCACAUGGCUAUGCCGCUCACGGAACAGCGUCUCUUAGAUCUGAUAGAGGAAGCCUACCCAAAUGCCAUCCAUCUCACUGACAUAGAGAGAGCCCUCUAUGGGACAGAUGAGAAGUAUCGGGAGCUGUUAUCUAUACUACAGGACAGGAAUGUCAUUAGGCAGUUGGACAAUGAGAGCUGGAUCAGAGUGGUGACAUAUGAUGCAGACAUCCAGGUAGUGACUAACAUGCCGAAAGUCGCAGCUGAAGAGCAGCCAACAGUUGCCAUCAUCACAGCCAGGUACUGCGAGAAGGUAGCAGUCGAUGCGAUGAUGAAGAACCAGAAGACCUAUGUCAAGUACAAAACGGAGGUCGGUUCUGAGGCUAACAUCUACACGCUUGGAGAGAUCGGCCAUCGCCGCGUAGUGUCCACCAAACUGCCGGCCGUCGGUCUCCGCAGGACGGCGAUGAUAGCCGCCGGCAACAUGACGACACGGCUGCUGGGUACAUUCCAACACAUCGAGUACGUAUUUCUCGUCGGAGCCAUUGGCGGCGUCCCGCACUUCACCGACCAUCGGAAGCACCUGCGUCGCGGCGACGUCGUCGUGUCAGUGCCAACUAAGCCUCACACGCCGAUGUACAUCUACUGCGAGAACGAGCGACCGGACCAGGCAGCAGGAUGCACAGACUGGGAGACACAGACCUGGUCACCGUCAGAGUUACGAAUACAGAUGGUUGCUGAGGCCCUCAAGCUUCAGGCAGAAACGAACCCGAUUGACUGUCGCUGGUUGCGUUAUCUCAGCGAAGGCCUGAAGAGUGUCAGAGGCCAGGAGACAAACUUCAAGCAGCCGUCGCUAUCUGAGGACAAACUCUAUAUGAUCAUCGGCUCAGGCGAAAUGGUGGAAGUGGAACAUCCAGAGGUUCCAUCGACAUCUGCAGCAGCUGGCGAUCACGAGCGCCACCUGCCGGCCAUCCACCUCGGGCAGAUAGCGUCCGGCAGCAGCGUGUUCAACAACGACGUGACGCGGCACACGUUCGCCGCGACGGCCGGCGUCGUCGCGUUCGACGAGGACUUUGACUCGGUCAUCGAGGCGACGUACGGCAGCCGCAUAGACAACUACGCGUUCGUGAAGGGCGUCGCCGACUAUGCGGACGGCAGCCAGGGCAAGGCGUGGCAGCCGUACGCCUCGAUGGUGGCCGCGGCCUUCAUGAAGGACAUCGUGCAGCGGCUCCCACACGCCGUCGACACAGAGGUCUGAGUCGCGCCGAGCGCAAGAGGUCGCGGGUCUACUGCGUGGGCUUCCUACAGGGGGAGCCACCAGGUUGUUACACUACAGGGUGAGCCAGCAGGUUGUUACCCUACAGGGGGAGCCACCAGGUUGUUACCCUACAGGGGGAGCCAUCAUGUUGUUACACUACAGGGGGAGCCACCAGGUUGGUACACUACGGGCGGAGGCACCAGGUUGUUACCCUGCAGGGGGAGCCACCAGGUAGUUACACUACAGGGGGAGCCACCAGGUUGUUACACUACAGGGGGAGGCACCAGUUAGUCACGUUUCCUUUCACGUUCUGCAGUGAGAUGCAUGGUUAACUGCGGUUGUCCCUGAUGUGUUGCAUAUCGUGUAAGAGUGGGCUUGAGAAAUGAACUAGGAGUGGUUGUGUGAGGGAGCAUGGGGCUUUUGCUAAAGAAUUUAUGACUUAUGAUGGCAGAGUGGGAGGUGAUUAUUACACAAACUGUCAUUGCCUAAAAUGACAAAUAAUUUUAUUCACGUAAUAUGCACAAUGUUGCACAGGACACCUUAAUUUCCGCCUGAUCGAUUAAUCGCCACCGAGAUUCUUGAUUGAGUGUGCAGACAAAUAUAAGAACAUCUAUGAAUUUUAGUUAGGAACAUCAAUGACUUAUGUUCAAUGCACAGGGGGCAUGAAGCAGAAAUGUGAUCUUAACUGAAGCAUUACAGUCAGUCUCGCCUAUAGUAAAUACUAGUACAGGUUUUCAAAGACAAGUAGUAGGCUUCUGUGUAAAUUACCUUGCAUGUACCAUGCUAUGGAAGCUAGCACUCUGAGACUAUUGUAGGUACCGAAAUAAAUCUAAGGCAGCGGUUCUUAACUUUUUUUGAGUCAUGGACGCCUUUGAGAAUCUGGUGAAAGCUAUAGACACCUCCCCAGAAAAAUAGCACAUAAGCACAUAAACACGGAAUUUUGCAUACAAUGGGUGAAUGGGGUACACGGAUUCCCUGAAGCCCAUCCACAGAUGCCAAAGGGGUCCAUGGACCACAGGUUAGGAAUCCUUGAUCUAAGGUCUUGCGCUGUGUCUACUAAGUCGAGUGAUACAUUGCAACAUUAACCCAUAGAUGUAUAGGUUGAUGGGAAUUAUCAAGUACAUGGACAAAAUCCAAUUUUCCAUGAAUAUUUGUGAGGUUGGCUCUAUGUGUCUGAUACGGCCGAUAAAUCAACAGUUUUAGUGUUGAUAAUUCACCCGUCUUUUCCAAUCAUGAAUAGCAUGGAAACCGAUGAGGUGGAGUCAUCUGAUGGCCUAAAAAGGAAACGUAAUCACAUACAAAACAUGAUGGUCCAUGCAGACCACCUCCUUGCUACAUAGUAGCGUACAGCUUGAAUUUUACGUACGAGUGUGUGCCAGAUCGCUAAUGGCAGCUUUUUUAUGCAAGUUAUAAGAAAUGUGUUAAUCUUGUUUCAAGGUGAGACAUGUCGUGAGAAAAACCAAUAUAUUUGUUGUAAUUUAUUGAUAAUUUGCCCUAUCGGAGGAGCCACUGCCAUUUCUUUCUCGUGCAUUUUUAGUGCUAUAUAUUGAAUUCUAGUAUGUCUCAGGGGAGAGAUAGUGAAUAUAGAAAUAAGUUGUGGAUAUAGAAAUCAGUUAACCCUAACUCUAACCACAAUUCUAAAAUAAAACAAAAUUAGCCCAAAAUAAAUAAGAGACAAAAUUAGACAAUCAGAGCCGUCCCCUAGCGGAUCACCAUCUCUCCCGGUGCAAAAUUCAUUGAAUUCAUGCUGCUUCUCUAUACUGUUCGGGUGAAGGUAAAUAAACAUGAUGAAAUGAUGAUCAUCUAAGUAGUGUGCAGCAUUUAGAAACAAUUUUCACUGUAAUGUUGGUGUUUAAUACGUACGGGCAAAUGUUGAUUAGCAUGCUGAAAUAUAUCUUUCAAAACAACA